AUGACCGAUAGCCAACCUAUAACAGACUAUCUCGACGUCAAUACCCUCUCCGUCAAACUAUUCCCUUUCCCACCGAGCAACAUGCGGGUUUCGUUUCGUCAGAUUGAGGCGGUUAUCUCAAUGAGCCGCAUUUCUAGCGAAAGCACCCGAUACUCUUAUGUCAUGCAGAUUCUUCCCUUUGACGUCGCCAUCGAUGUCGACGACCUCCUCGACCCCAUUCCUGCCAACGACCCGUACACCCAGUUACAGAACGCCGUCAUUCAGAGAGUGGCUAAGUCGACCAAUCGGAUGCUACGGGAGUUAUUCACGCAGGUAGAACUGGGUGAUCAAACACCUGCGCAGCUUAUGCGCCACCUGCGUACAUUGCUGGCUGCACGUCAUAUGGACGACGAUAUCUUUCGACAGAUCUGGUUGGAUAAAUUGCCGGUUCCCAUACAGCAGUUUUUGGCCAUGUUGGAAAUUAGCACCUCUCUGGACAAAAUGGCCAAUCACGCCGGCGGGACAAGUGAAUGUUACCCAGUCGGCGCGAUGUGCGCCAACAUUCAAUUGACCUCGACUCCCGACAGAUCUGAUAGAGUAGCCAUUUCCUGUCCAGAAGGCACUCCUUCACUAGAACGCGACACUUCAUGUGUGGAGCAGUCAGUCUGUCGUUGCUCAUAACGCAGAGCCACCACGCCACCAGGGACAUCAUGACAGCCGAAAAGUCCUCGCCGAGGCGACUAUGACGACGUAAAAGAAAUUGUACGUCAAUGCUGCACACAAGUAAUCACCAUGUGCACUGGUAUAAAUAGGGUACAGUCGGCCAGAAACCAGUCACCCUCGCGCCGUCGUUCUUGAUCUCGUGAACGUCCUUCUACAACUCUGUGCUGGAAUCAUCGUAUUUACGGUCCGGAAGCAUGCAAGUGCAUUCCUCCCUGCACAUACCUGCAGGCCUCACCAAAGGGAAACGACCGCGUCAGCCAGUAACGGCGACAGUUGCCGCUGGCCAGUCAUGGCCCAGUUGACUCUUUUAUAUCAGUGACAGGUCGAGCGGCCUCCGUUCCCCUGUCGAUACUGGUGCCGAGAUUAGUGUCAUCCCGCCUCCAAGGUGCCACCAUCUCAAGCCUUCGCAGUUUUCAUUGAAGGCAGCCAAUAGCACCACCAUCAACACUUACGGUCAUCGGUUGCUCACACUUGACAUCGGUCUUCGGCGAAGUUUCCAGAGGGUCGUUGUGCAGGCCGACUAUAAAUCUCCCAUUAUUAAGGAAGAUGUCCUGACACAUUUUGGCCUUGCAGUCGACCUCACGCAUCGCAAACUUGUCGAUACCACAAGCACAAUCUUAACUUUGGCACAGUUGCUUCGGAGCCGUCGGUUAGCAUCCAGGUGACCGUACCAAGCUCGCCUUUCGCCGACAUUUCGAAGGACUACUCGUCCCUCACUAAACCCUGUCAGUUCAGGGGGGAAGUUCAGCAUACGUUUACACACCACAUCAUCACCACAGGACAACUUGCUUAUGCUCAUUCUCGUCGUCUUCACCCCGAAAAACCUCGGACAGUAGGGAAGAAAUUCUUUGUCUCAUUCAAAGUUGUGCAAAGUUUUUUAAAAAGCGUAUUAUAACUGACUAAAACAAGGCGGAAUUAAAUGUCACAACACAUGAUUGGAGACCAUGCGGCGACUAUCGCGUUCUUAACAGAGCCACCAUUCCUGUCCGAUAUUCUAUUCCCCAUAUACAUAUUGUCUCUCGCGCGCUUGCUGGAAGAACUAUUUUUUUCCAUAAUAGACCUCGUGAGAGCAUACCACCAGAUUCCGGUCGAGGAAGAAGACCUUUCCAAGGCCGCCGUCACAACGCCUUUCGGCCUGUUCGAAUCCAAUCGCAUGUCCUUUGGUUUGCGCAACGCGGCCCAAUCCUUCCAACGUUUCAUCGAUGAGGUCUUGCGAGGUAUAUUAUUCACUUGUGUCUACAUUAACGACAUACUCGUCGCACGUUCUCCGGCAGAGGAACAUGCCUCGCACUUACGUCUGAUAUUCCAACGUUUCCAACGAGAUCGUCUGCAAUUAAACGUUGACAAAUGUGUCUUUUGCGUCUUUUCUCUAGAUUUCAUUGGUCAACACGUCGACCAGCAUGGAACCACACCGCUGCUAGAGAAGGUGCACAGCAUCCAGUCAUUCCUUGUCCCCAAGACUCUAACUCAGCUGCGGCGUUUCAUAGGCCAUCACAACUAUUAUCGACUUUUUAUCCCUCACUGUCCGAGGACCCUAGCUACCUUACCUGAUCUUCUAAAGUCUAAAGCAAAACCGAUCGAACUUUCUUCAGCAGCUAACGCAGCAUUUUAGGCAGCUUAGAAAGCUCCUGCUGAUGCCACUUUGCUUCACCAUCUCAGCUUCAACCACCACGCACAGCUGAUCUUGACCACUGACGCUUCCAAAGGGCUGCCGGAGCAGUCCUGCAUCAACAAGUAAAUAACCAGUUGCAGCCAUUGGCUUUCUUUUCACAGAAGCUUAAACCGGCGCAGACUCGCUACAGUACUUUAUCUCGUAAGCACCUUGCCAUCUACUCGACCAUUCAUCAUUUUCGACACCUCUUAGAGGGAAAAGAUUUUUUCAGUUCACACCGACCAUAAGCCUCUCACUUAUGCUCUCAGGGCCAAGCCAGAUCGGUACUCGCCCGGGGAAGUUCGCCAUCUGGAAUACAUAUCGCAGUUUACUGCAGAUAUCCGCCACGUCCGAGGCAACGACAAUGUCGUUGCUGAUGCAUUAUCCCGCCCGGACAUCAACACACAUCCGAUUUCGACCUGGCGAAGCUUGCAGACCUCCAAUCGGGCGAAAGGUCCAUUGACGACCUGCGUGCUACUACUACUCUGCAGCUUCCAGAUGCACCACUUUCCGCAUCACCAGGCACGACUUUGUGCGACUGGUCCACAGGCACUCCUCGACCUGUUGUUCCACUAUCCUACCGCAAGACAGUAUUUGACUAUUUCCAUUCCCUGUCACAUCCUGGCAUCCGCGCUUCUCAAAGGCUAGUCGCCGCUCGUUUUAUCUGGCCGCAGAUUAACUCUGACAUCGGCCUUUGGACUAGGCAGUGUUAAGCCAGCCAGAAACAUAAAGUACACCACCACACACUUUUUCCACAAAGUUCUUUCGCCGUUCACUUUGUUCGAUUCCACCACGUCUACUUGGCUUUAGUUGGCCCGCUACUUUAUUAACGCGUGUACGCUCAUAUUCUCACAGCGGAUGGCGUUUCACACAAUGCCGAUUGCAUUUCCCAUCUCGGAUACGUCGGCAGAAAUAUCGCAAUGGGUUUUCUGACGCACUGGAUUUCAACUUUUGGUGUUCCGGCCACCCUUACUACUGACCGCGGGUGUGCAUUCCAAUCUAGCCUUUUCCGUGAGUCCAUAAAACUGCUCGGGUGUGCACACAUCAAAACCACUGCAUACCACUCUGCUUCCAACAGCGUCGUGUAACGUCUACACCGUCAACUCAAGUCUGCACUGAUGUCCCAAACAAAAUCAGCUUCUAAGGGUGAUAAUCUCCCUCCUACACUUUUGAGCAUCCGAUCUUCUGUCAAGGAGGACAUCCAACGCGCUGACACUGGACUUCUGUAUGGUACAAUCCUCCGUCUGCUCGGCGAAUUUUUGCAGUCUUCAACGACGAACACUAGCAUCCCGAGCACCAUCGUCCAGCAGUCGAAACAACGCAUGGCUCAACUGCGUACAAUUCCCACUCUUCUGACAUCCAAACGCCUGUUUAUGCAUGAGGACCUUAAAUCUGCCCCAUUCACUUUCGUCCGGCAUGACGCGGUUCGCAAGUCUCUUUGUUCCCCGUAUGAUGGCACACAAAAUAUUCUUCAGCGGAUGGAGAAGUAUUACGUCAUUAAGGAGGCCGACAAAACUGACACAGUCUCUAUUGACAGACUUAAGCCAGCCUAUCUUGAAUGCAUCCCGCUGUCAGUUAUGCCACUCAGUUCCUCUGCAUGCUCCGCACUCGAUCCACCCGUUUCGGUCCCCUCCACCAAACCACCACACUUGACCACCCCACCCACCCAUCCUGAUUCUCCUUCCACUGCACCACGCACCUAAUCUCGUGCUGGUAGACAUAUUCAUUUUCCUGUCAAAUUAAAUACUUUUUGAUGCAGCUUUUUCAUUUUUUAUCGAGUGUUUUUUCGUACAACAAACGCUUUGUUGGGAGGAGUUAGCUAGGUUUACGCACAUUUUCGAUUUUUCCCUUUUAUCUUUCUUGUACACCUGAAUGUUGCUGUACGGUUGUUUAAAUUAGCUAAAGCACAAACUUGGUCUCGGCUUGUAAAGAAAACGCGAAUUGUGUGUCCAUCUGCUACUUGGUGUCAUUGGUGUCAUUUGCCUCAGUCGCUUUCAGUCAAUCGACACGACACUUUUAUGUGUUUUGGCCGUAUUUAACUGGAUGUAAACCCACAUGAACGACACACCUUGUUAACCGCCUUCGUCUCGGGCUUUCAGAAAAGAAUAGGUUUAUUGAAUCACCCCUUGGGCACUGUCAGUCCCCUUUGGACUCAAGAAAAAAAACCAAAGGAAACUCAUCAAUUUAAACCGCUGUUUGACUUCAUUUGUUUCGGGUGUUUGUUUAGCCAAAAGAGCGCGAAUUGAGAGUUUGUAUUAAGUUAAAAAAAACUAUGUUCUAAGGGAAAAUAAAAACAAAAGUUUUAAAAAUAGCGAUAUUUGCAACAUAGCAAUUGAAGUUUGCGGUUUCGUAGUUUUCGGGGACAUGAACAAUAUUUCCUUUAUGGAAAUUGAAGAACUUUGAUAUCGGCCUGACCUUGAAAUUAUUUUCCUGUUGGGCAAAUUUUCUAUGUGCUCUAGUUGCUGGUUGUUAGUCUAUCUGGCCAGCUGUAAAUGGGCGGUCGCACAGUUCCUACGUGGUUUCCAGGAGUCUUACCAUCGUUGACUGGACUAAGAGCUGGGAAUGAUGAAUAUUGUAGCGGCCGAGGACGUCAAGGGUAGCACACACCAAGGUAAGGAAACGCUGAGAGUAGAUCCUGGAGGAGAUAGAUCUGAGCAUUAUAAUGGAUAUUAAGUGUCGGGUGACAUAGCUGAUGGAAACGAGAAAGGGAGGAAAGAAAGAAUAUCACUAUCUGUUCUAUGUUUAUCAAUGAUGCUAUGUUUUAUAAAUUUGAAUAUUUUUAGUUCAGUCAGUCAGUGAAUUUGAGGGAAAUAGGCUUACGCCUUUGAACUCCCUAUUUGUACAUAAAAAAUCGAUAAACAAGCAAAAAUGUGAAGAAAUUACAGCAUUAAGUGAAUGCAUACAUUGAUUCACAUAUGUCGCUUGUCACAUGGCUAAAAAGUCACAUAGUCCGCUUGUUGCUUCAGCAUAAAUCUGCCAAGGCGACAUUUAAAUGUCUCCACAGAUUGAGACAUAACAACCGUCUCGGGCAGGUUAUUCCACGGUUCAGCGACACGGUUGGAGAAGAAAUAUUUUCUCACAUUCAGUCUACCCUGUGGCACACGUAGCUUGAAAGGAUGUCCCCGGAGGUGAGUUGUAGUGGCGAGUUGGAAAAAAGUCAUUGCGCCGAAGGGUACAAUCCAAGCCGCGCACGAUACGGAAAGUUUGUAUCAUGUCUCCGCGCAACUGCCUAUAACUCAGAGGAUAGAGAUUAAGGUUAGUUAAGUGGAUCUCAUAUGGCAGUGCACUUUGACCUCUUAUUAAUUUUGUUGUUCGUCUCUGCACCCGUUCGAGCAGAUCGUAAUCCUGAUGCGUCCACGGUCUCCAGGCCUGAAUUGCAUAUUCGAGAUGGGGCCUUAUAAACGUGCUGAAGACUUUGGUGAAGCAGUCUUCAUCGAAAACUACGAAUGCCCGCUUGAUGGCAUAUAGCAUUGAGGUUGCGGCCUUGGCCGCCUUACAGCAUUGCGUAGAAGGCUUUAGGCUGUCUGAAACCCAAACUCCGAGAUCUUUCUGAGUUUCUGCUUUGCGGAGUGGCAUUCCGUUCAGAUGGUAUUGCCGCGUACUUGGGGUCUGAUUUCCGAGACGCAGAAUGGUGCAUUUGUUCAAAUUGAAUGACAAGAGCCAUCUGCGGGACCACUCGUCCAAUCGGCAAAGAUUUCUUGGAAGUUGGUCUCAUCGGCAGCAUUCCGGAUGACAUUCCAGAUUUUUAUGUCGUCCGCAAACAUGGCACAAUCACAGUCCAAACCAUCUACACAAUCAUUGAUAAACAAGAGAAAGAGGGUUGGUCCGAGCACCGAGCCUUGCGGGAUCCCAUUCUCUAUGAAUGUGCACCUUGAUUGCUGUUGUUCUACGCAGACAAUUUGGGAACGGCCGACAAGGAAAUUUUCGAUCCAUUUGAAAAGUUUGCCACUGAUGGCCAUAAUUAUCUACUUAUGUAGGAGACGCUGGUGCGGAACACUGUCAAACGCCUUCCGGAAAUCAAUAUGGGCCACGUGCAGAGUGUGUUUUGCGUCCAAUGCUCGUGUCCAACUUUGCAUUGUGUAUAGCAAGUUCGUAACACAUGAUCUUCGCCUACGGAAACCAUAUUGUGCAUUGGACAAGAGGUUGUGCGUUUCCAAGUAAGCCAUCAACUCCUUUUUGAUGGUUUUCUUUAUCACUUUGCAGCAGAUUGAUGUCAGACUGACGGGUCUGUAGUUCGUUGCAAGAGCACGACUACCGCUUUUGUAAAGGGGUGUUAUGUGGGCCGUCUUCCAAUCUGUGGGAAGGAUUCCAGCAUCGAACGAUUCCUGGCACGGAAAGGAUAGUGGUUUGGCCAGCUCUCGGGCCAGCUCGAAACGCAGCUUUGCUGGGAUCUCGUCCGGACCGGGAGAUUUACAUUCCUUCAAGCUUUUCAGUUCUUCCAAUAUCGCUUCUUCUCGAAACACAAUAUUUUCGAUAGUGGGAUCUCUCAUGGUCUCAGAAUUAGAUGGGGUAAAGUCUGUUUCUCUUGUGAAAACGGAUCGGAAAAAUUGAGAAAAUUGCUCAGCCUUAUUUGUACUGUCCGAUAUCUCCAAGCCGUCAUCACUCCUCAUAACAGGAAUGGGAUUCCUGUUACGUGUGCUUUUCCGCAAAUAGCUGUAGAGCAAUUUCGGAUUUUUUACGGCUUGGUGGAGCAAAUUACUCUCAAAAUCCCGUCGCCUCCAGAAAAUCGGACUUUUCACCUUAUUUCUUUGAACUUUGUAUUCUGUAAACGCUGCAUUGUUGUUGUUCUCGUGAAAUGUCUUCCAUAACCUUCCUUUCUUCUUGAUCUCCUUCUUGAGUUCUCGUGUUAGCCACUGAGGGCGGUUGGAUAUCCUAGGCUUUGAUAAGGGACAGUGGUUCUUCAUUAGAUGCAGUAAACGAUCCUUGAAUAAAUUUCAGUCCUCGUUAACGUUUCCGGAGAAGAGAACAUCCCAGUCUAUUUGAGAUGCCUCAGCUCUCAUUUGGCGAAAGUCCCUUUACCAUAUAUUUGGCCUCGUAUUGUCUUUUGUACACGGUUCAGAAUACAGCAAGUACUCCCAUAAAAGCACUUCAUGAUCACUUCGACCGAGCGAGGGUAGGUAGUACACCUCGUGUAUACUGUCAGGAUCUUUGGUAAAAACGUGGCCCAGACAACUGGCCUGUUGCCCUCCACCAGCUCUAGUUGGAAACAGGACACGUUGCGUAAGUAGAGCUUCGAGGGCUGUCUUUAGUAAAUGGUACUCGAAAGUAUUCAUCGAGCACUUCGCAUGCAUAUCGCUCCAUUGAAUGCAGGGUGCAUUAAAAUCCCCCAUGAGAACAACGUCUGGUCGGCUGGCGAUCUCUUUUAUGCUUUUCAGUAGAGAAGUAUCUAGGUCGGGAUCCGCCUGCGGGGGCCGAUAGAUAGUUACGACUUCGAGGGACUGAGAUCCCGGAGCCUUUAUAGUCAGCCAAAUUGCCUCUGUGUCGUUAGAAAUCUUUUCGGUCCUCUCACACACUGCUAAGUUACUCUUGACAUACAUGGCAACUCCUCAACCCAGGCGGCCUCUCCUGUCUCUCCUAAACAAUUGGUAACCUGUUAAUGCUACCUCGCAAUCACCAACGUCCUGUGACAGCCACGUUUCUGUUAUUGCUAUAACAUCGGGAAGAGUAUCGGCUACCUGUAUUCUCAGUUCGUCAAGCUUGGAAAACAGACUCUGAGCAUUGGUGUAAAAGAAUUUUAGUUUGCAACAUUCAAAAGUGCUUCGUUCGGUUUGUCUCGGGUUUGCCAAUAUUAUGUUGCUGCCGCCAUCAUGAUGACUGGCUGGUUCCAAAACAACAUCGCGUUCCUCUGUAUCACUCGUCCCCUGAAAAUGGCCACGUUGUUCUCUCCCGCUGCAAGUCUCCUCUUCAACUCCGUUACCAAUUCGCGGCGUUUCAGACGUUCGGCUGGAUAAUAGUCCGGCUGAAAAAAACUUCCUUGUAAGAGUUUCGGAGGCUGCUUUUCCUGGACAGAAGUAAGCUAGCCUCCUCUUUACUGUUCAAAACAAUUUUUAGAGGUCGUGGCCGCACGGUUUCCGAUUGUUCGCUCACCUUCUUUCCGAUCCUGAAGGCUGCGCGAAUGGUUAUCUGUUCAUUCGAAUUAAGCAUUUUGUUCAGUAGGUGUUGAAGCAUAUUAAGGUCAGCGGAGAUCCUCUCCUUCGGGGUAGGAGCAUUCGACUCCGAUAGGCCCUGGAUGACUACGCAGUGCUGACGAUCAAGGGGUUCAUUUGUUCUGUUUCCGGCGGCCUUGUCAGCUGAAGGUCUCAGGAGAUCCACCGGAGUCGUCUGGGGUUCUAUACUCCCGUUGUGGAGCUUACCCUUUCCAUCUUGCCAUGAGCUAGUUUCCUCACUUCCAAAUGAGGGUCCUAUUGAACACGCGGAAUGGCUGAGAGAAGUUGAUGGUUCGAUUGGGUUGUCCUUCAUAGAAACAACAGACUCCGUUGCCAUUUUCCCAUCGUCCUGGGUAUCGGCGCCCUUGUACAGAGGUUUUCCACAAGCUUUGUUCUUUGGCUGUUUUAGAAUUUUGCUCUUUCCAUUUUUCUUGCUAACUUUAGCACUCUUCACCGCUUUUUGCACACUAUCGUUCGCUUUCACGAGUUCCCUUAAAGCAGUCAGUUCUUUUCCGAGUUUUUCGACUUUCAGCAGGUAUUAUUCAAGCGGCUGGCAUCAUCAGAGCCCUUUUGGACCAAAUACUAUAUCAAAGAAUUGACUCGAAAAAUGUCCUAUCUUAUUCAAAAGUGGAGGAUAUUAUUUUUAGUGGUUUUUCUGUGAGAUCUAACGAUUUUAGUACCUGUUUUUUUGGUUGAAUUUCCUAAAAUACAGGCCUUUUCUCUAAGAACUGCCCGCUGCCAUCUCCUUUCGAGUUUUGCUAGUCUAUGCCCGCUGUUCACUAAUCGCACUCUGCAAUUCUCAUUUUGUGCAUCCGAUUCCCCUCUAACUGUUGUAAUUUAUUUGUACAUCGUUAGCCCCUAGCUGAAAUUCAGUCAACUUGUCUGCCAGAAGUUUUCUUAAUCACAAAUUGCCUCGAGACAAGAUGAGACCAAAAGUCACUGAUCGACGUUAGCUCUCGGCUCUUGUAAGUAAACAUGGCCUAACUAAACGUAAGUCAGAAGCUUUACCUAAAUCUAAGUCAGAUGAUAUCACUAGUCAGUCGUCACCCGUUGUAAUUGGUCGGCAGCUUAAUCUGUCUGUACUUGACCACUGCAAUGACUCUAUGCUAAAGUUUGGCUCUUUGCUGACAAUUCUUGGACAUUUAUUCGACGGGAACAUCUCCGAUAUUCCCUCUGAAGAAUGUAGGCGUCUCGACUCACUUGUUCACCUGAUCGCCAGUGAAUCUAGUGAUAGACAGAAGCGUUCUUACAACUUCCUGCUAAAAAUGUUCCUCGAUCUGCUCGGCCAAUUGAUGUUGCGACCAGUUUCCUGUAUUCAUGUGGUUUCAACUAUAAAAUAGCGGAUGCCAAACGCUUGUCCUCCCGUAGUACAAAUCCACCCAUCUUAGUCAAAUUGUUUUCAUCAAUCGAGGUUGACACAAUCUUUACCCAUCGAGAGCGUGUCACUGCGUACCUAGAGAAGGCAAAAUUUUUCCUUUGUCAUGAUCUUACUCCUAUGGAGCGUAGAAUGGGGUCUCUAUUCUCACGUAAACCUACUGCUUCUCAGUCUAAUGCUUCCCAACUCGGUCAUAAUACAAGUGGCCGUAAGGAUUCAACUUCUCCUACUCCUGCGACAUUUGACUCCCUCCUUCCUCUUUCUCCGACAUCUCCAUCUCACUCGAACCACUUGACGCAUUUGCCUGCCCCUAAACUUGCAGCAGCAGCAACAGCAGCAGCCCCAUUUGUCGUUUCGUAUCCUCCGGAUAGUCCCGCUGAGACACAUGAAAAUCCGUCUACAUCAGCUAGACCAAUAACUUCUAUUGUCCAACUGGGUGCUGUAAGGUCUACAGCUAAGUCUCCUGUGGCUUGGCGUCAGAACGGUGAGACUCGAAAAUUGAAUCAGACUCCGACCCAAAAGAAAGGUAGUACAGUUCCAUUUGGAGGUACGACGCCUUCUCUUAGAUCUAACAAGUCUGUUCAGCUCAACACGUCUACAAACCCCGCAGCUCCAAUUAUAUCCCCGAAUAAUUCUCUGUCCGGCGUACCGGUUACUUAUCAAAGCCCUACUAUAUAUCCAGCAAAUAAUUCAUACAUGAAUUGCCCUAAAUCAUUUAUGCCCCUACCUAGUUCAGGCUUCCCACCACUUAAGGCCAAUUGCUCUCAGGUACGUCAACCUAUCUCCUUUGACUUCCAAUCUAGACCUGGUUUCCCACUAUUUCAUUCUUUUAGUGGCCUACCCUCACCCAUUAGCCCCUACUUUCCUCCUAGCCUCCCUCCUCCUCCUCCUCCUCCUCAUCCUCCUCCUCCUCCUCCCCCUCCCCUUCCUCCAUUAUUUAA